AUGGUUAAGGCUUUGGAGUGGCUGGAGCCGGACAUCGUUGCUAGGCUUUUCAGGGACUGUCCCGAUAACAAUUCAGAAGCUCGGAAAGAUCUCAUUCGCGCGACCCAGGACAUGAUAUACUACUCUCGUGAUAUUGCAGUUCCCUUAAUCGACGACCUUCUAGACGAAGGGAUUCACCUCGUGAAUGGGCUUACCAUGGAUGUAAUAGCACGGCCGACAGUAGUGGUUGCCGAUGCGUUCUUGUGGGAGGAUGACGCUGAGGAGCGCUUCAAAGCCAAUACCACCAUCUACACUGCACUACAGGCCAAUUCCUAUCUACGUCAACUUGUGGUCCAGCAGCUGUCCGAGAAAGAACUGCAAUGCGUACAGCACUUGCGACUUACUGACCCCCGCGACGACAAGAAGCGCAUUGAGCAUGACAAAGGCGGCCUACUUGAGGGUUCGUAUCGGUGGGUUCUCCAGAAAUCCGAGUUCACGGAGUGGCGCGACAAUUUAGAGAGCCGUCUACUCUGGAUCAAGGGCGAUCCCGGCAAGGGCAAGACCAUGCUGCUCUGCGGCAUCAUCGACGAGCUACGCCAAGAAGUACACCAGUCCACGAUCCCCGGCCUGCUCUCCUUCUUCUGCCAAGCCACCAACAAACACAUCAACAACGCCACCGCCGUGGUCCGCGGCCUGCUCUACAUGCUCAUCGAGCAGCGACCAUCCCUCCUCGGGUAUGUGCGCAAGAAGCACGAGCACGCCGGCGAGCGGCUGUUCGAGGAAGAGAACGCCUGGUUCGCACUGUCGGAGAUCUUGGCCGAUGUGCUGCAGGAUCCGGCCCUUCCAAGCGCCUGUCUCAUAAUCGACGCGCUGGACGAGUGCGCCGACGACCGAGAUCGACGCAAUCUUCUCCAAUUCAUUGUCCGGCAGUCGUCCGUCUCGUCUCGCGUCAAGUGGAUCGUUUCCAGUCGAAAUUGGUCGCAAAUCGAAGAGGAACUGAAAGCAGCGCAGAACAUCCCCCUUUGCCUCGAGCUAAAUGCGGAAUCGGUUACUGCUGCUGUCGAUCAUUAUAUCCGUCAUAAGACCAGCCAGUUAUCAGAGAAGAAAGCUUACGACGGCGAGACAGAAACGGCUAUCCGGGACUACCUCUCCUCACACGCGGACGGUACCUUUCUCUGGGUGGCCCUGGUUUGCCAGAACCUCGAGUCGGUCCCGCAAUGGAACGCCAUCACCGAGCUGAGCACAUUUCCCCCUGGCCUAGAUGGCUUGUAUGGCCGGAUGUCGGACCGGCUAAAUAGUUCAGGGGAUGUCGAGCGUUGUCGGUAUACGCUUGCCAUCGCAUCGGUUGGGCUCUUCGGGGGAUUGUCGGACUCUGUGGCUCGUUUCUUUUCCUUCGAGACGACAAAGUUUACCUCGUCCAUCGAUCAGCCCAAGACUUUCUCGUCGUCGCUCAACGCCAUAUCCCAAACACUCAGUCGUGAUAUGUACGGCCUCCGCGCUCCUGGCUCGCUUAUUAGCAGUAUCAAAACGCCUUGCCCAGACCCGCUGGCGACGGAUGCCCUUCAGGACCACGGCUUGGUUCACACAUUUCUUAAGAAGAAGUAUCUCUACUGGCUUGAGAGCCUGAGUUUGGUCGCAGGCAUGUUAGACGGCGUCUGUGAGGGCCUGGUCCUCCAGACCUCCCAGACGCUCUGA